AUGUCUGACAUGGAUAUUUCUACCAUUGAUUGUGAAAACGAACAUUCUGUAAGUUCAAUUUUAAUUAUGAAUUGAAAAAAAAAAUUUCAGCCAACACUAUCUGAUGUUCCGAUUGAUGUAGUUGAGAAGAUUCAAACAUAUUUGGAAUCAAUUGAUAUUGUCAGAUUGCGAAGUGUUUCGAAAUCGAUUCAAGAAAAUCUAGACAUGAUUGAUCAAACAGAAAGGUCAGUUAAAAAAUUAUUUCCAAGCUCCACAUUUAAUUUUAAAAAAUAUUGUUGUUUUUUUUUUCAGUUUGAUGGGCUCCGAUAUUAGUCACGUUCUUCACUUUGCAAUAAGAGAUAACGACAUUGAAAUUCAUAAUGAAGCAAUCCCGAAAUACCAGAACAAUCCAGUGAAAUACCCUCCAGAAGAUCUUCAAUUUUUUCCAAUCACCGGAAUUCGUCAACUCAAUUGGUAUCGACCAAUCUGGCUACACUAUGAGAAUUCAACAAUUCUCGAAUCAUCCUUGGAUUUAACAGAUUUUUUGGAAGAUGUUCAAGAUUUAUUGAUCAUCAACAUCAUAAACACAACCGAUCCAAUUGUUCGAAAAAAAAGAUUGGAGAAUUUUUGCGUCAAGCUUCGAAAUAUGCAAAAUAUGGGAACCUUCUAUUGUGGUGAUGAGAAUCUGACAGAAAAAGAGCUCAAAAAAUUGUUCAGAAUCUCAGGUUCAAUCCAAUUGAAGAUGAUCCGAUUUGGUUGACUUUAAAUGGAAAUAUUCCGUUUUACAAAAAAUCGAUAAUGUCUCAACUUUUGAAGAAUAUUCGAAUGGGCUGUGAUGUAUGUAUUGAUAGUAGUCAUGAGAUUGAACGCGAUUUUGACGAGGAUGAAUAUGAGGGAAUCGAAUUGUUUAUGAAAACUGAGGUUUGUUGUGAUUUUUUAAAAAUUGGUUUUUUUUUUGCUGGCGAAUUUCAAGAAUUCAAACUUGCCACAUUUUUUUGUUUUCAGAUCCCUGGUUCCAAAAGAAAACUGAAUUUUGUUUGCCCAAAAUCAGUUUGUGAUAAAUUGGUUGAAUUAUCACACAAAUGGUUUGGACAUGGUGAAACAAGGCCUGGAGUUAUUAAAAAUGGACAAAACACUGUAAAUUUCCGUAGGUAG